ACGCGGCAAAUUUCUGCCAGUUAGGUGACGCGAGCACUGCCGUCGUAGGCGCGACUCAGGGUGGGAUAUACAUCGCGAGUAUCGCGAGUAGGGAAGUUUCGUUCUGUUCUCGCUGCACUCGGUCAUCCCGGAGAGUCGUCCGGGCGGCCGCGUAGUGACAGCCGCGCGCGCGAUCCGAUUGCCGGCCGAUCCCGUCGCAUCGAAAGCUUCGACAUUCUUCCCGUUUGUCGAUCUUGGCUGGCUUUGAACGCGUCGACGACCUCGACCUCGUAUCGAGAGGUUUACUUCUUGUUUGGUCGGUUACCUCCGGCCCCGUAACUUGAAAAUGUCGGACUGGGGUCGACAUAACCUCUAAACGCGUCGGGCCAAGGAGACUGGUUCGUUAAAUCGCUGGAAGCCGAACGUUCGAUUGUGUCGCUUUGGCAUGUAACCUAUAAAAUGGUAUUUGUCGGGUCUGCGGACAAAUUGUAAUUGGUAACGAGUUGGAACCCCUAGGAGAUGAAUUGACCCGUAAUUAUUGACUGGUUAUGUAUGGUUAUGUGUUGGGCUGAGGGUCGUAUCAAGCUCUUCCACGUACCGAUUUCUUCGCUUAGAUUGAUUGUAAUCUAAAAGUUUGGUAUCGGUCGUCUCCCACAUCGAGGGAGAUUAAGAGCAGGAUAACGUUGAGAAAAUGUGAAAUAAACAUAGGCAGAAUGGAAAACUCAUUCAUGCAUUUUGGCUGACGAUGAAAAAUUGCACAUCCUAACGGCAUCAUUAAGAAUGGAUCACAUACAGGAAGUACAGCAGCUGGAACUGCUCUGCAAGCAGCUGUACGUAUCACAGGACUCGGCGCACCGUGCCGAAGCCGAGAAAGCUCUCGUUGGUUUUCAAAAUGCUCCGGAUACGCUCGCCAAGUGCCAGCUGCUUUUGGAUCGUGGUGAUUCGGCAUACGCACAGUUAUUGGCUGCGACCACGCUUACGAAGCUGGUAUCGCGAUCGGCACAGGGGCUUAGUCUGCAACAAAGACUCGAUAUACGUAACUAUGUGCUCAAUUAUUUGGCAACGCAACCCAAGCUGCCAAACUUUGUAAUCCAAGCAUUAGUUACAUUGUUCGCACGGAUAUCAAAACUGGGAUGGUUUGAUUCCGACAAGGACGAUUUUGUCUUCAGGAAUGUCGUCGGUGAUAUCACCAAGUUCCUUCAGGGAUCGGUGGAACACUGCAUGAUAGGAGUACAAUUGCUAUCGCAGUUGACUUGCGAAAUGAAUCAAAUCUCGGAAGCCGAUGCCAACAGGUCCCUGACGAAGCAUCGAAAAAUCGCCAGUAGCUUUCGAGAUACGCAACUAUUUGAGAUAUUUAGGCUAUCCUGUUCCUUGCUCGGCACCGCUCGAGAAAAUUGUAAAAAUCUGAAUUUUAACGACGAGGCACAGCAUGGACUAAUGACGCAGCUAUUGAGGCUCGCACAAAACUGUCUGACGUUUGACUUCAUCGGAACAUCGACGGACGAGAGCUCGGACGAUCUGUGCACGGUGCAGAUCCCAACGAGUUGGAGGCCCGCCUUCCUGGACUUCACGACGUUGAAGUUGUUCUUCGAUUUGUACCAUAGUUUGCCGAACACGUUGUCGUCGCUGGCCAUCUCCUGCCUGGUCCAGAUAGCGUCUGUCCGUCGAAGCCUGUUCUCGAACGCGGAGAGAGCAAAGUUCCUGACUCACCUGGUGAACGGUGUGAAGAACAUCUUACAGAAUCCUCAGGGUCUCAGCGACCCCGGCAAUUACCACGAGUUCUGUCGGCUGUUGGCUCGCCUCAAGAGCAACUACCAGCUCGGCGAGUUAGUCAUGGUGGAGAAUUAUCCCGAGGCGAUUCAGCUGAUCGCCAAAUUCACGGUGCAAAGCCUGCAGAUGUGGCAGUUCGCCCCGAACAGCGUGCACUAUCUCCUGAGCCUUUGGCAACGAAUGGUCGCCUCGGUGCCCUACGUCAAGGCGACCGAGCCCCACCUGUUGGAGACCUACACCCCGGAAGUGUCGAACGCGUACAUCACCUCCCGUCUCGAGUCCGUCGCCGUCGUCGUCAGGGAAGGCCUCGAGGACCCUCUCGACGACCUGGGGAUGGUCCAGCAGCAACUGGAACAGUUAUCUGUGAUCGGUAGAUGCGAGUACCAAAAAACUUGCACCCUGUUGGUGCAGCUGUUCGACCAGGCUGCCACGACCUAUCAGGAGUUAAUGGCGCAAACCGCCUCGCCUACCCAGCAGAUGGACAUCACGAUACAGGAAGGCCAGCUGACGUGGCUGGUCUACAUCAUCGGUAGCGCGAUCGGUGGCAGAGUAUCUUUCAAUACCAUCGAGGAACACGACGCGAUGGAUGGGGAGUUACUCUGUAGAGUCUUGCAGCUGAUGAACCUGACGGAUUCACGGCUUGCCCAGGGCGGCUGCGAGAAGCUGGAAUUGGCGAUGCUCAGUUUCUUCGAACAAUUCCGGAAAAUCUACGUCGGCGACCAAGUUCAAAAGAAUUCCAAGGUCUACAGAAGAUUGUCGGACGUCCUGGGCCUCAGCGACGAGGCCAUGGUCCUCAGUGUAUUUAUCAGGAAAAUAAUAACCAAUUUGAAAUAUUGGGGCCGGAGCGAACAAAUCAUCUCCAAGACGUUGCAACUCCUCAACGACCUAUCCGUAGGUUACAGCUGCGUGCGGAAACUCGUCAAGUUGGAGGAAGUACAGUUCAUGUUGAACAAUCACACCAGCGAACACUUCCCGUUUUUGGGAAACAGCGUGGCCGUGACGGAAAUGAGAUGCCGGUCGAUGUUCUACACGUCGCUGGGCAGAUUGUUAAUGGUGGAUUUGGGCGAGGACGAGGAGAGGUUUCACACCUUCAUGUUACCGUUGACAGCCGCACUGGAGAGCCUAGGCCAGUUAAUGGGUGCGGCGGAUACGCCGAUGUUUGCGGCGGAGGAGGCAAAAAAGGCAUUGAUAGGUCUCGCAAGGGAUCUUCGAGGAUUAGCAUACGCUUUCAACAACAAAUCGUCGUACAUGAUGCUGUUCGACUGGAUAUAUCCGAACUACACUCCGAUCUUACUGCACGCCGUAGAACUGUGGCAUCACGAGCCACAAGUAACUACGCCCGUCCUAAAGCUAUUUGCCGAGUUAGUACAAAACCGAAGCCAACGUUUACAAUUCGACGUAUCCUCGCCAAAUGGGAUCUUACUUUUCCGCGAAGCAAGUAAAGUUAUCUGUAGUUACGGUAAUCAUAUAUUGAACGUCGAAGUGCCCAAGGACCAAAUUUAUCCUUUGAAGCACAAGGGAAUAAGCAUAUGCUUUAGUAUGUUAAAGGCGGCAUUAUGCGGGAGUUAUGUUAACUUCGGAGUAUUUAGGUUAUACGGAGACGAGGCCUUGGACAAUGCGCUCAACACUUUCGUCAAAUUGCUUCUGAGCAUACCGCAAAGUGACUUAUUGGAUUAUCCGAAGCUGUCGGCAACGUACUAUUUGUUACUGGAGUGCUUGGCACAGGAUCACAUGGCUUUUCUGUCCACGUUAGAGCCCAGAGUUUUCUUGUACAUCCUGUCGAGCAUCAGCGACGGCCUUACAGCACUAGACACGAUGGUUUGCAAUGGCUGUUGCGCGACGUUAGAUCACAUCGUGACGUAUCUGUUCAAACAGCUGUACCAGAAAGCCGGAGUUUUUCCAGGAAAGAAAAAUGCCGCGGUACCAGGAGGGGGAGAAUUAUUUUUGCAAGUCCUGAAGCAGCAUCCCGAGAUACUUCAGCAAAUAUUGAGCACUGUGUUAAAUAUGAUAAUGUUUGAAGAUUGUAGGAACCAAUGGAGCAUGUCUAGGCCACUAUUGGGCCUAAUACUGCUGAACGAAGAGUACUUCAAUCAGUUAAGAGAGAAUAUUAUCAGAAGUCAAUCGGUGGACAAGCAGGCAGCGAUGGCCCAGUGGUUUGAGAAUCUAAUGAACGGCAUAGAGAGGAACUUGCUGACGAAAAAUCGAGACAGGUUUACACAAAACUUGUCUAUGUUCAGGAGAGACAUAAACGAUUCAUUGAAGGGACCUAACACGUCCGCAAACUCUGUCAGUGAUAUGAUGACGUCGUAGUGACUCCACUCCCCUCGCGGGUUAGGAUUCCCCUAGGUUCUUGCCUGCCAAAUGCUUGAGUGCGAGUGUAUGCGAGUGAGAUGCGGAAGAAUGCUGGGAAGAUAUGACUAUGAUUUUAGACGAGUAUGAAGAGUAAUAAAUUAUGUACCAUGUUUUUUA